AUGCCUAGCGGAAGCAACAGUCUUGACGACAAGAAAACAAAAUGUCAGAGAAAUCAUUGGAAACGUUUCGAAGACGACAAGCUUAAACAACUCGUGGAAGAAUAUGGUCCCCACUGGACCAUCAUUGCUCAACAUUUAUCUGGAAGAACAGGGAAUAGCUGUAGGCAGAGAUGGUACUAUGAACUUGCUCCAAACAUCAACAAGGGACCUUUCACCAAGGAGGAAGAAGAGAGGCUUUUCGAAGCUCAUCGGAUCCAUGGCAAUUGUUGGGCCAUCAUAGCCAAGCUGUUGCCCGGGAGGACUAAUAACGCUAUCAAAAACCACUACCAAACCGCCAUGUCGAGACGCAGACGUAAAGGCUUCUCUUCAACGCCCACUUCUCCGGUCAACCAAAUUCAGAGCCCUAGCCGCGGUGAUCCCUGGCCUUACACUUCUGCUUCAGCACCUAGGAGUGAUCAGUUAGGAUCCUCAUGGAUAUCUAAUGCACAACAAGAAACUGAUCUUGAGAGGAGAAAGAGGAACGAGAUGGUGGAUCAUCAGGCAGCUACACCAGAUUAUGAGAAGGACUCAUCAGGAGAAGAUGGAACAUUGAAUCAUGGUGAAAAGAGAGAUGUUCCUUUCUAUGAUUUUCUUGGCGUUGGAUUAGAUUCUUAG